AUUUCUGCCCAGGAGGAGUCAGGGCGGACUGUGAGGGACAAUGAGUGGGGGCUGAUAGAGGAGCUUCUCUACAGUGAAGCGCCGCCAUCUUGCAGUACGGACGAAAAGGUGCCUUCAUAAAAUGCCCGUCGAGAAUCCCCUCUUUUUUCGCUCCGCUCCCAAGAUGGCGUCGAUGCGGGAGAGCGACACCGGCCUGUGGCUGCACAACAAACUGGGCUCCACGGACGAGCUGUGGGCGCCGCCGAGCAUCGCCUCGCUGCUCACGGCCUCGGUCAUCGACAACAUCCGUCUCUGUUUCCACGGCCUUUCCUCGGCCGUCAAGCUCAAGCUGCUCCUGGGGAUGCUGCACCUGCCCCGCCGGGCGGUGGAUGAGAUGAAAGGGGCACUGACUGAAAUUAUCCAGCUCGCUACCUUGGAUUCAGACCCCUGGGUCUUAAUGGUAGCUGAUAUUUUAAAAUCCUUUCCAGAUACUGGCUCCCUUAACCUUGAUCUUGAAGAACAGAAUCCCAAUGUUCAAGAUAUUUUAGGAGAGCUUAGAGAGAAAGUAAGUGAAUGUGAAACCUCAGCUAUGUUGCCGUUGGAAUGCCAAUACUUAAACAAAAAUGCCUUGACAACACUAGCUGGGCCACUUACUCCCCCAGUGAAACAUUUCCAGCUGAAAAGGAAACCUAAAAGUGCCACUCUCAGAGCUGAACUCUUGCAGAAGUCAACAGAAACUGCGCAGCAGCUCAAGAAGACUGCAGGAGUGCCUUUCCAUGCCAAAGGCAGGGGACUGGUCAAGAAGAUAGAUACAACAACACCACUCAAAGGAAUACCAAAACAAGCUCCGUUCAGGAGUACUUCAGCUCCCAGUGUUUUUAGUCCUUCUGGAAACAGAACUCCUAUUCCUCCGUCAAGAACACCUUUGCGCAAAGAAAGAGGAGUAAAGCUUCUAGAUAUCUCUGAGCUGGAUAUGGUAGGUGCUGGCCGUGAAGCAAAGAGAAGAAGAAAGACAUUAGAUACAGAAGUUGUGGAAAAGCAAGCCAAAGAAGAAACAGUAGUAGAAAAUGCUACCCCAGAUUAUGCUGCUGGCCUUGUAUCUACACAGAAACUUGGCUCGUUGAACAAUGAGCCUGCACUACCUUCUACAAGUUAUUUACCUGCUACCCCCAGUGUGGUGCCGUCUUCCUCCUACAUCCCAAGCUCUGAAACACAGCCAGCUGGCUCUGCACGAGAGGCCUUGCAGACCAACAGACAGACAGAAGAGCCUGCAGCUCCAAAUGCUACUACAACUCUUCCUGCACAGUUCAAACAAAGAACACCCAUGUACAACAGCAACUCUAAUCCCCCUGCAGCUACACCUACCUCACCCCUAACACCCACCACACCUCCUGCCAUCUCCCCUGCGGCACAGGCACCACAAGUGGCCCCCCAAACUCAGCAACAGCCACCACCGAAGAAAAGCCUCUCUCUCACAAGGGAGCAAAUGUAUGCUGCACAGGAAAUGUUCAAGACUGCAAACAAAGUUACAAGGCCAGAAAAGGCUCUUAUACUUGGAUUCAUGGCAGGAUCCAGAGAGAAUCCCUGCCAAGAGCAAGGUGACAUCAUCCAAAUUAAACUUAGUGAACAUACAGAAGAUUUACCAAAGGCAGAUGGCACGGGCAGCACCACUAUGUUGGUUGACACAGUCUUUGAAAUGAACUAUGCUACUGGUGAAUGGACCAGAUUCAAGAAGUACAAACCUAUAACUAAUGUUUCCUAAGAGAUGCAGCAGCAGCAGAUUGGACCAAAUCAAGUUUAGAGUCAACCAGCUCAUAGAGUAUGUCAACUGUACAAAAUGGCAUUCAUGUGUACAUUUCUUAUUACCCUCCAGAGUAGAAGCUGUGCUCUUCAACCAAACUGAGCUCAGUGAACACAGAAGUGUUUGAUGGUGUCAAACUCACUUAAUUUUUUUUAUUAAUCUUGGGAGAGGGAAAGAUGAUCUUGGGGGAGGGGGGGAGACAUUGUUGGUGUGUUUUUUGUUCAGGAUGCUGAAAAAGGAGAUCACAGCUGAAAGGUUACAGAUGGGAGCAGUUUACUGCUAAGUACCAGAAGAGAAGACUACUGCACAGUCACUCACGGUUUACUGUUAACUGAGGGCACAGAUCUUUAUUAUAAAAUCAUUUUCUUUGGCAACAUAAGUUCUGUCGUAAGAAUGGAUGUUUGAAGAACCACAGGUCGGUACUUGAUGAUUUUGUAUUUCAGCUGCAGUAUAACUAUUGCAGAUGGUAGAUGUCCGUGUCUAAGGGUACCCAGUGGAUGUUUAGCUUAUUUAUGCUUGGGUCAUAGGAUGAAAUUGAGUAGCUUUGUUUUAGCAGUGGGAACGAAGUGGCACGGACCCCCUUAUGCAUCCAAAGGAGAUCACUUUAUUGUAGAAAUCAGCCCCUUUUUAUACCUUUUAAUCUCAACCUGACAUAACUGAAACCAAAAAGAACAGAAAGAAGGCACCCAUUGGCUGGCUCAGCUGCAGUGCUGCUGUCCACGUGUCCUAUCAUCCAGUCAGCUUCCUGCUCAUACACUGUCCUCGUUUCUCCAGCCGAUCACACUCUCACUUCCAACUGUCCCUCAGUGACUCUCUCCUCACUCCUGACUGCCUCUCACCCCUCAGCUGAUUUCCACCCCUCCAGCCUGCAGCUGUGCCUUUCCCAUGGGGCCUUCUGGGGAGCAUAAGCCUUAACCACUUUAAUAAUCAUUAUCCCAUGUCCUACAUCUCCCCCCUCUUUUUUAUUAAGCAAUGAAGACCUACUAGGAAAAACCUAAGCCAUUCCUAAGACAUUAGUAACAGUGACAAUAAUAAUAACUAUUACAACUUUUCAAAAACUGUAACUGAGGCUUCUCUGUUGUGAGUAGUAACACUUAACAGGAACAUAAUUCAAUUUUGAAUGAAAUUAACAAGGUGAAGCUUACAACUGCCUAUAUGCUUUGCUAUCACCCAGGGUCUACCAAGGAGCCUUCUUUUCACACUGAGGACUUGGAAGGCCUUUCCUGGACAAGGCUUCCAUGUUUACCUCAAAGGAAUGUGGUCAAGCUUUUGCAAAGCUAAAUCAGUGAGUCAUUUUUUUGUACAGAAACACCUGGCUUUGAUAGCAUACUUUUCCUUGCCAGUCAAGGCCAUAGCUUGGCCAGAGCUAAGACCUAGACUGGGAAGGCUUUCCUAUCGUAUCCUUAAAAGAAAUCUUCAGUAAUAACACACAGAACAAUCGGCUUUGUCAUAAAUAACUUGUAAAUAACUAUAACUAUGUACAUGUAUAAACAACUCCUUUGAAAGAACCAUUUAUCUUUUUGUCACAAACAAACCAAUCCAAAACUAUCAGAGGAAACAUCUCUUUGUUUCAGUGAAACCUGCAGCCUCCAGGCAGGUUUGCUCCUCUGAGGAGGCAAGGCAGAGGUGCAAGGUCCUGGAGGCUAGCAGCAGCAAUGCUGGGGCUCGCUGUAAAGGUGGCAUGGCAGUGCCCCUGCCAGGGCAGCCACCUGCUCACUGCUGGUGGCCCUGUGCCCCAGAAGAGUGCAGCAUGGCAGCAUUGGCUGCUUCUGCUGCUGGUGGCCCCGUGCCCUGACUGCUGCUUCUGGGUGGAUGUAUGAGACAAGUGUUCUGGUGACAGCCACUGGGCUGGCCGUGCUGUUGUUGCUGGACCACGCUUCGUGAAUGGCGUUGCUGUACUUGACAGGCUGGCAGUCCCUGAUGUGCCUGUGGCUGGCCCUAGGCCACCUGCAGCAAGGUGAGCAGUGUCCAUGUGGCCACCAGGCCUGCCCUGACCCCCACCCAGCCAGGACCCCCUGCAUAUGUGUCCAAAACUGAAAGUGCGCAGCUCAAGCCCCUGCCAGAGAGUUAGUAUUACGAGCAGUAGUUCCUACGUUUUGGCAUGCUCUAACCGUAUCUGCUACAUCACAAGUACAUGGGUUAUGAACAGCAAGCAGUGCUUUUCUACAGUCUUGGUUCACAUUUGUAAAUGCGAGCUGCUGCAGCAGUGUAACUCCGGCCUCAUUAUUGCUGACUUGCCAGGAGAGCGUGGCAUGCAGUCUAUCCAGGAACUGCACAAAUCUGCUGGACCCUAUAAAAUCUUAGCAAAAGACAUAUUAGAAUUGAUACCUAUCCCUGGGAGUCGCUGCAGGGCUAGGUGAGUGAUGGUAUCACAUCCAUCAUGUGGGUAGCCUGCGCUGCAGGGAGUGCAAAGGGGCCCUCUCCAGUCAGCUGCGCAAUGGCAACUGGUGCAUUUCUGUCCUGCAGCGCUUCUGCUGGGCUGUACACAGCUGUCAGUAAUCAGUUAGCCAGACUGCAAACUGCAUCACUGUUAGAAUAAUUUUCCUUGUGCUUUUUCAGUCAUGGGGUGUGAGGAUGUACGCAGUACUGAGAGACUCAAGGUAGCUUAGGGCGCGAUGGGAGGGUACGCUCUGUUCUUUCACUAGCACCCUCAGGUCUUUAUAGUCUAGCUUUUGGUCUGCUGUGUGUUGUUUUGGUGCAUCUAUUACUGGGCAGGUCGAAAUGACCGCCAAGUUGCCCUCCUUCAUGGUGGCUUCCCAGCAUUGUUGCCAACGCUGGACUACUGCAUCGCCCUCUUGGGCCGGAAGUGAGUCUGCCACCCGCUCGUGAUGUGGGAAUUCUGCGCCAAAAGGGCCAGCCACGCAGGGAUUUUAUCAGGGUAAGGCAGUUCCAUGGGGCUUGGGUUGGUCUCGGGAUAAGGGAAUUCAGCAGGGUUUGGGCCCAUCUUGGAGUCGUGUAUGGUUUGGUGGCGCUGAGGGUUUGGGGGAAUUAACUUCUGAAGUCGUGUAAUGGCUGACAUUUGCAUGGCUUCCUUUAAAGGCUGCCACGAUUGGCCCCCAUGUAGCGAGGUGCCCGCAAGCUUCGGCAUUGCCGUCCCUGGUGGUAUCAAAAAGUCUCUGCCCUAUUGCUUGCCAGGUUUCUGAUCAAAGGGGCCCACUAAAGGGAAAAUCUUUAACUUGAUUAGACAUCCAGUCCAGCAGGGUGCUUAGUUUCACAUCAGCCAUAUUAAUAGAUUGCUGAUGUAGGAGCCGCCUGACCUGGCCCAAACUCCUGCUUUGUUCCCCUGAUAUUCCACCUCCCAUACUCUCUCCCACUGGUCUCCCCAUCCUUUCGGUGAGGUGCACACACUUUAAAUGCCCAAGUUCCUUCCUGAACUCUCUGGAUCCUGCCUGGCCGGUUCCUUGACCUAGUGGGAGCUGGUACCAGAGCGGACUGCGCACCCUGAGCCACCUUUAUAGGUCCCUGUUUAGGCCAGCCAGCAGUGGGGAGCAAAGCAACACGGACCUCCUUAUGCAUCUGAAGGAGAUGGCUUUAUUGUAAAAACUGGUCCCCGUUAUACCUUUAAUCUCAACCUGACAUAACUGAAACCAAACUGAGACCUAACAGAACAGAAAGAAGGCGCCCAUUGGCUGGCUCAGCUGCCAUGCUGCUGUCCGUGUGUCCUACCAUCCAAUCAGCUUCCUGCUCUUACACUGCAUGUUUCUCCAGCCAAUCACACUCUCACUCCCAGCUGUCACUCAAUGACUCUCCUCACUCCUGACUGCCUCCCACCCCUCCAGCCUGCGGCUGUGCCUUUCCCGUGGGGCCUUCUGGGGAGCAUAAGCCUUAACCACUUUAAUUACGCCAUAUCCUACAUCUUGUUAACUCUCCAUAUUGUCAAUGUACACGCCCAGCAUGAGUUAAUCUUUAUUUGGCGUGAUUUGAGAUAGACAGAAACUGAGUAUCAUAACUUUCUGAAGGAAAAAAGCCAUCAAAAUGAUAAAAGUAACUGUGGCUUGUCGCUGCCAGGACGUGAUAGUUUCUUGCCAUAGGAGUCUUGGGGCAGAAGUUGAUCUAUGGCUCUUGCAUAACUAACCCUUUGCACAGCAUAACUUACCUGGAGGAAGGGAAACAACUGCAUCUCAAAACCAAUUGGAGCUUAAUUUAAAAAUGGCCCUAGAAAUGGUUGAGACACAUCUGAGUAGAAGUAGUUUUGUUGUCUUGAGGCACUAUUAAUGUAUGUUUGGUUGAGCAGUCAAAAGCUGCUUGAUUGCCAAACCCUGACCCAAAAAAUUUUAAAUGACUGUAGCUGUGGUUCUUACCAGUGUAGUUUUAUCAGUUUAAUUGCUAAUGUGAUCACAAUCAUACUGGCAUAUAAAUGUGCCUUGUACUUGUCCCUUGCUAGUAGAAGCACAUUUUUAUCUUUACAACUGUGUUCAUACCACUGGUGUAAUCUGGCUUUAAUGCUACAAGCAAAGCUGGCAGUUACUGAGAGGAUUUAUGUACAUUAGUCAGGAUUCCUUCUUGGGACACUUAGCUUCAUCAUUUGAAGGAGUCUUGAAUUCAGUGUCUGGUUUCUGCCAGUACUUGUGUGUGGAGCUGUGCUUGGCUGGGAAUGCUGCUUAGAAGGAAGAAAUACAAAGAUGAGUAGCAGAGUGGUGAUGUGUUGAGGAGGUACCUUGGGCUGACUUAAAGAUUCAUGUUGAAGUGGAACUUUUAGGACUAAAUGAGGCUUUUUUUUUUUGUUCCUCUUUUCUGAAAAAAAGCAGACCAAAUCCCAUAGUACACUUGUAUACUAAUAAAGACAUUUAGAUGUUUAAUUAGAAUCUUUUUUUUUAUUGGGGAAUUUUUUUAUUGUAUUUUAAUCUUUGUUUUUCAAUCAAACUACCCAACAGGACAGGGUAACUAUAAAUAAUAUUUUAAAAAAUGCCCUGUAUUCUGCAGUGUUUUAAGAUGUGACCAAAAGUGUAGAUUUCUUAACUUUAUUUAAGCAAAUACACAGAAUGUUCUAGCUCCUGUAACAGGCAGGGUAUUUGAUGGUAACUGCUGCUGUUACAGAGUGUUGUGCAUGUUUUAGUGUGAAAGUUGCUCACAUGUAACUGUCACAUCGGGGCUGUCCUCCCCAGAAUUACCCAUUUCAGAAACAACGGAUUGCAAUUUUGAUUCCAACUUUUCUUUUUAAACAGCUUGACAAGUGAGGGUGAGUAGUGAGCUUUAGUUUUUAGGAGUUUACUAGAAUGUGUUAUGGUUAUAACUUAUUUGGUUUUAGAGUGUUACACAGUGAGGGCUAAUGACAGGAUAUGAAAGUAUUCAUCUUUUAGAAGAAAGGUUUAAAGAAAAGUGACAUUCCUUUUGUUGUCUGCAUUCAGAUUUUGAAGUUUCCUUGUGAUGACCAGUUUUCUGCACGUGUGUAAUUCUGUCUUAACUGUUCCCGCUUGCUAGAUGAGCUGCAAAUAUCAGAUACAGCUGUUAAGAAUGAGCAUUUAGAAAACUGGCUGGCUUGAUGGGCACGUACUGUCAUUGUAAACUGUUCAUGCAAGACCUGUGCUGUUCAGUCGUGGUCAGGAGCUGCUUGUGAUGGCUCUUUUGGCUUACUUGAGGUUAAUGGUGGUCCCUCACUAAACUCUCUGGGGCCACAGAAGCCUGCAUUUCAGACCUGUGCUUUGGGUGGAGAUAGCUGUCCCUCUGCUCUCCAAGAAGCCCUUCUAGAAUGCAGUGGAGUCCUUUGAGUGCGGUAGUGUGCAGGAAGCUUAACCAUGCUGCUGUUUGUAAUUGCUGCAUAAUGCAGUUGGUCUCCAGGCCUGUUUGUCUAAAGUCAGUCAUAGGCAAUAAAUGGAAAUUUUAAGUAGAACUAUAGUAUAUUUUUAGUUCUGUGAACUCAUUAGGAUGAGACAAUGUAACAAUGCAAAAUUAUUUUUUUUUUAAGUCACUCUAUGACCUUCAAUACCAGAGGAUUACUUCAACUUGAUCUGUGAAUCUAUAAAGUGUUUAAAUGCCUAAAGAAGGGAAAGUUUCUGGAACAUUGUUAAAGUGAUACAGUGAGAAGUAAAACUACAUGGAGUUAUUUGGUUCAGUGAAUUAAAUAAUCAAAUCUGUGUUCUGGAAGUAGGAAUAAUGCCAGACAAAUCAGAAAGGGAAACUUCAAUAUUGAAAUUCCAAUAUAUUGGAAUUGUUACAUACAGAACAAAAUCUGGCCUUGGAACUUGACAUUUUUUGUCUUGAAUACUCAGUCACUUGGAUGUGAAGUUACUCAGUGAGGCUCAGUGUGUGCUGUCAGGUAAAGGUGUAAGGUUAAACAAAAGCAUUUCAUUACUCUAGAAUGACUUGCAGAUUUACUGUGUUGACCAGAGAAGUAAUACAGAGUUUUCUUAAAGCUUGUUUUUUUCCUUUCCUUAUGCCUUUAUCCAAGCAUGAAGUUUUAGGAAGUAGCAAGCCCAGACUUAAGAACUUAAGAGUUGUGGGCUUGAGCUGCAAGGGGGAUGUCCCAGUCUCUCUUGCCCUUGCUUGUAGAGAAGCUGCUGUCUGUGCAAGCCUAGGCAUGAUAUGAAUUAGGUUCUUGGAUUUGAGUGUGAAAUACUGCAGAAAGAAGCAGUGAAAGUGGCUUGUGAUUUCCCUGUUCCUGUCCAGACUUUGUUUUUAGGGGAGAAAGAGCGCAUUCAUCUUACCCAGGGUUCUUCAACAAUUUGUCCUAUAGUGAAGUGCUAGGUUUCUGAAGGCUCCAUUUUCUUUCAUGUGUGCUGUGAGGACCAGAAAGAGUGAAAUGAGUGUAACAAAGAAAGGGAGCCCAAGAAGGAUGCUGAGAUCACAGAUUCCAUCUUUCUGUUCAUUCUUUUGCUACUCUAAUGCUUUGUGGUUAUCUCCAUACAAACCAUCUAGGCUUAGUACAGUUAACACUCUAGUAUUGGGCUGGUAUUUUGUGGGUUAACCUGAUUUUCAGUGCUGGCUUUGCCAUUUAAUCUUUCAGUUCAAUACCAUAGGAUCCUGGAUGCAGUGGGGAGGAGCCUUUGGUAGUUGCUUGAUAUCUCCAUGUGAAAUUGGUCACUUCUCUCACUAAGUUGUAUCAAAGUGCAGACUGCUUGUCUAGAUAAAAGAAUCUUGAGACUUUGACAUCAUGCAGUUUAAGAGUGAAUCACAUUUUCAUAGUAAGUUCUGACUGGAAAAAAAAAAGACUAAAAAAUGUUAAGCCAGAGCCCUCUGGGCAUCUGGUGCCUUUAACAAAAACUGUCAUUUUGUAAAAUGUCACAUCUAUAGCAUAGCCCGUAUGUUUUCUAUUGGUUUUUGUUUGGUUUUUUUUGUACAGAUGUAAAUUCAAAAUAUUCUGUCUUUGGGUACGUAUUUUCAGUGUAAUACAGUAUGUAUAAUAAAAAAUUUAGAUUUUCUAAGGAA